AUGGAAAAACCACAACUUCCUUCGCUCAAGUGUGUUCUCGGCGAGAUUCCUUAUCAACAUCCACGACGACCCAUUAGCCGACAUGCACGCUCUUGUUCUUUUCCUUAUUUACCACCAUUGACAAUCCAUCGUCCUUCUUCAACAGCACAGCAACAGCAACAACAACAACAUCGUCGUGCUAUUUCAACACCAACUGCUGCCAAAGAUAUGAUGCAUCCCAAGCAAAUCGAAGAAGAGCAGCAUCAACAACGACUCAGGAGUAGCAGCCCAUCGUCACCAACAUCAACAAGUCAUCCAUCUGCUGCUGAAAGAUACAAAUGCCCACAUUGCCAUAAAGGAUUUUCAAGACCCUCCUCGCUUCGUAUUCAUAUUUAUUCGCAUACGGGAGAAAAGCCUUUUGAUUGCCCAGAGCCUGGAUGUGGUCGUAGAUUCAGUGUACAAAGCAAUAUGCGUCGCCAUCUUAAAAUUCAUCAACAUUUGCCAUCAACAGCAGCUACCACAACACAGACAUCAUCGUCUUCUCCAUCCAUGUUAAGGCCUAUCCAAAAGAAACCUCAACUACGACACCAGCAGCAACAACAACAACAGCAACAGCAACAGCAGCGAUCCAUGGUCAUGAUGCCAAUGAUAGUAUCCACCCCUGCUGUCGCCCAUGCAACCCCUACUGCUUCCCCCGUAUAA